AUGCCACAAGAUCUGGCCCUGAUCCCGGCAUCUCCUGGCGACACAGUUGACAUCCUCUGCAUCGUUCUAAAUGAAACAGCCUCGUGGACGGUGUUCUGGUACAAGGAGGAAGAAGGCAAAAAUCUGCGCAGGAUUUACCAGAGUUCUCGAUACACAAAACAGGUACAGGGCAGGUACUCAAGCCGAGGGCACAAUCUGAGGAUCAGCGAUGUGCAAAGGAACGACUCUGGGGUGUAUUACUGCGCCACAACCAGGCUUCUGAGAGGAACUAGGCUGGUCAUCUCAGGAACUUCCAGGCCAAGACUUUCCCUCCUUGUUCCUUCCGCUGCAGAAGACACGGAGCUCUCCCACCACAUUCCCCUCCUCUGCCUCCUGAUUGACGCAAACCCUGAUGAGGAUACUUUCUCCUGGGAUAUUGGUGGGGAAACCUCUCGGGACUGGAAGGAUGGUGACGUUAUUGAUGGGGAAGGAGUCUUCACCGUUUGGAGCCUGAAGCUGAUGCCUCCAGAGAGAUGGAGCCAAGGGAUGGUUUAUUCCUGUUCGGACCAGGAGGGAAGAAACAUCAGUGCCGUGUUGCCUACAAACACAGUGUCAGCAGGAAACUGCUUCCUUGCAUUGUAUUAUAGAGCCCCCUGCUUGGCCAUCCUCCUGUGGAUCCCGCCGUUGGUCCUCUGCUUCAGAAAGCGUUUGGGCAGAGCAAAAUAG